AUGUUCGAAAAAUUUACAAACGGAUAUGGGGAAAAAAUUUAUAAUGUAGAUGUACAGAAAAUCUUGAAAUACAACGUUCAUCACUAUUCCACGUAUUCGACGUUGAAAGCGUCAGUGGUCAAGCGAUUCAAUCGCAUGCUCAAAAACGACAUGUGGAAGAUGUUUACACUCAAUGGUAAUUACAAGUGGGUCGACAAGCUGUCGCUUCUCGUGUCAGAUUACAACGCGCGCAAGCAUCGCACCAUCGGCAUGCGACCCUCUGACGUAACUUCUGCGAUCGCCGAAAAACUCUUGGGCACAGUGUACAGUGCGAUAAAGAUAGCGGGUCCUGCAAAAUUCAAAGUAGGCGAUUCAGUACGCGUGAGCAAGUACAAGACGAUUUUUGAGAAGAGUUAUACACCAAAUUAG